UUGGAACGCGAAAUCUACGAACUCUCUUCAUUGCUGUCGGAUCAGCGUGCACUCAUUGAGAAUUUAAUGCAGAUGAGCGGCGAGGAUCGGACAUCCGUGGGAACUUCCAGUCUUCAUAAUUCGUCAUUCAGCACCAAUCCAAUCAAUGUACUGAUGCAAAAAAUGGGAGGCAUUGCUGGAGUACUGAACAAUUUACCGAAUUCGGAUCGGGUGAUCAUGCAUGGCGAAGUGAUUCAGCUAGAUAACGACAGCAUGCGACCGCAGCACACAGUCAUGCUUAUUUUAUUGUCAGAUCGUCUUCUAAUCGGCCAUCCAUCGUCCGGAAAGUACCGUUUCCAGUUGGACUCAACACAUUCGUUGAAUAAUUUAGCAGCAGUCAAUAUCAAAGACCGAGAAGGCGGUGAAACUGCGAGCAGCAUGUUCAAGCUCUUGAUCUUCCCUGGACAGAGGAUUUUUGUUGCUGAAAGCGCACGCAAGAAAAAAGAAUGGCUUGACUGCAUAGAAACCGCUAAAAGAGAACUUCUUCGUGAGGGAUCAUUGGUACGACAAGCAACCAUUCGAGGGAAGCGACGCCAGGAUCUCUCAGCCAAGACCGAGCCGGCGAAUCAGUUGACUUCCAUCUCUGAGUCCUCAAAAUCACCGGAUGAAAGCGCCUGGCUCAGUGAAUUGCCAGCCGAAUUGGACGACUGCAUUGCACAUCGUGAUAUGGAUCAAGCGGUGGAACUAAUUUUGGAAUGGAAAAGUUGCACAACUCGUGAAGCUGCAAUAGACACUCAGCUUGCUCUUCGUGAAGCCCAAAUUGUCCAGCUACUCAGCGAAGAGGUAAAUUUUGACUUUUUUUGCAAAUGCUUUUUUUUUGUCAAUAAAUCGGUGCAACAUUUUGUGCAAGCGCCAUAA